CCCGGCCUGGCACCCCCGCCGCCAAGAUGGACCAGGUCCCCGCCCAAGUGAAAAAACAACGAACAAAAGAGCUGUCAGCGCUGUUCCACUCCUAUAACCCCUACCACCACAAGAUUGGGGAGACCCAGCAGGUGCUUGUGACCGAAGAGUCCUUUGACUCCCAGUACUAUGUGGCUCACAACAAGUAUUACGAGCAGGUGCUGGUGCCCAAAAGGUCAGAGUUCAAGGGGAAGAUGAUUGAGGUGGAGAUCUUCGAGGCAGGGAAACACUUCCUGAAGGGAAGACCGCUGGACGGUUGUAAAGUGUUCACUCCCUCCAUCGCCGAGCCGCUGCAGAAGGGAGAGGUGUCUGGGCUAACUCCGGAGCCGCUGUCCCUCCAGCAGAAUGGAUCCAUAUCCUCCUCGGGCGUACUGACUGCGUCCUGGAGCCCCUGGAGCCGGGACAGAGAGGGGCUGAAGCUGCUGUCGAUCAGCCUGGCUGUGGUGGCUAUCGUAGUGGUCUUCAUGUGGGAGAAACUCCACUGAGACCUGGGCCUGUAUUCAUAAAGCGUCUCGGAGUAGUAGUGCUAAUCUAGGAUCAGGUCCCCCCCUGUCCAAUCAUCC